AUGUCACUCUUGCGCACGAAUGCCAUUCUGAAAAGGUAUCGCCGCGAACACCUCGAGCAGGAUGCUGCGGAGUCAUCCGCCAAGGCGGAAGGGCAGUUCGAGGAAGGCUGUGACGACCACACUGCUGCGUAUCCGAAUGUGGACGCCUUUCAAGCUAUCGGUUUGGCUCCCGGAGAAAUGCUAGCACCGCUGCUGUCUCCACCAAGCUUCAUGCACAACGAACAGACCACACAGAUGACAAGGAUGGCGGCGCAGAGCAGAAGAAGCUUGAGCGCUGGUGAACCAUCUGGAUUCCACGGUACGGUGACUUCCCUUGAAAGUGUACAGAACACCCCCGUAGCGACGAUGACCGCGGCCCCGUCGACCACUUUUACCAUUCAGACUUCGUUCCUCCGUGAAGGCGGCGACGAGGGGAAUCACACUACGCCGGGUAGGUCCUCACGGUCACGGGAUCCUAUGGUGCGCGCAGGAGCCGAGGAGGAGACGUUUCCUGGCGUGGAUCAUUUUGCGGCACCUCGUUGCCCUCUUUUAUUGCUGUCUCCGCCCACAAGUGGCGCAUCACCAGCACUUGCGACAACAGGCAGGCGAGACGCCGACAGCACCGCCCCCCUCAGUUGGCGUAGUCCGAGCGACCUGUCCGGUGAGGAAGAUCGCGGCCUUGCUGGAGCCCACUCCCACUUGAUUUUCACUGACCCAACCGCCUUAUCGACAAUAGGGACGACCGGGUGGGAAGCGGUGACAAGCGUCGCAGAUAUGCCCGUGGCAGCUCAACCAAAUCAUGACGCACGCGAGACUGCGGCAAGUGCUCCUGCUCCUUUAGCCGGUGAGUCCUGUGAGCCGGUCUGCAGUGCCAGUGGCCUAUCAUCGUCUUUGUUGGCGGCGCGUACGCUGAGGCGACUCACGGGAGGCGGUGGACGUGCCCACAUCUCAGCUCCAGUAUCGACGGAGCUGCCGCGAUCGAUUGAGGGGCUCACUCGAGCGUACCAAAGCCCUUCAGUGGAAAAGGGUAGCUCGACCCUCUCAUCCCCUUCGUCUCCUUCCACUGCAGCAGAGCAACAGAGCAAUCGCGGCGAAGUCGAGGGCGAGCCCCCGGUGCUACGCGAAGAGGCUGUGAGACAACUCGAUCUCGUAUAUGCGAGAAUGACCGUCGAGUUACCUACUGCGAGUGUACAUAAGGACAGCUCUACAUCCGCCGCGCUGCGGUUUGACAUGUCCGACACGCUGCUGCAGCCUCCGACGAGCAUCUUGUCAGAGCCUUCAACGGCUACCGCUCGAACGAGAGACAAGUCUGCCAUGUCCUUUGGUAGUUUCGGGCGCCCCGUUGCAUACGGAUCCUUGGCAAGCCGACGCCUCGCCUACACCACCGACGGUGGUGACGCCACCGAUGAAGGUGUCUUCUCCCCAAUCAGCCUGAUGGACGAUACCGAGCGAGGAUUCUACGCUCGCGCGGUUGGCUACAGAAACGGACCUCUUGAGGAUAAUCGAGCAGCCGUUCCUAUGCCGCAGCUACUCUCCUUCUCCGGAACUGCUCGCUCCUCGCCACGAAUCUGGGACGACGAGGACGUCGAUGUGGAUCCGACGACAGCGUUUAGCGACCCGUCGCUGCGCCUUUCGUUAGCGCUGCCGCCCAUCACCUUCUACGAAGCUUAUCUGAGCCUGACGAAGAAGCUGCAACCUGCCGACGCGAGUGCGGCCUUCAUAGCCGAGGGGGAGACAGUAAAGAGAGCUGAAUCUUCUUCAAAGCUGUCGCCGCAGGCCAUAGAAGUACCGAAGCUGAAGAAAAGAAGCCUUAUCUCCAUCUUCUGGUGCUGCGGUGACCAAGGUCGUGCUGCGGCAACAGUCGGGAAGCAACCGCAGUUCAGCCCACCGUCUCCUAGAGGGUUGACUCGUGAAGAGCGCAACGGUGUGGCGGCUGCGGAAGCGACGGUCUCCACCCCUGGGGGACCCGAAGAGCAUCUCCGGAUUGUACGCGCUCUGAAGUCUCAGUCCCUCUUGCUGCAGCUUCCCACCCAUCGCCGUAUGCUACUCACAGUCUUCAAUACUCUCACGGGCAACAUUCCGUGGGUGAAUACAAAUGGGAAUCCACUUCCAUCCUCCUCAGACACUCCCCUGCCGCUGUUUUCGCCUACGACAGUGAAGUGGGAGUCAAUCGGGUUUCAAGGAGCCAAUCCUGCCACCGAUGUUCGGGCAACGGGUGUCCUCGGUGUGAUCCAGUUAUUGUACCUCAUCGACUACUACCCCGCAUUCGCGCAGCGACUGUGGCAACUCUGCCGAGACCCAGCGAACGAAAGGGCAUCUCCGCCACUUUCUAAUGGCCAUUGCGGCAGUGCGCCACCAGCGACUGCGAAGAGAGGUGGAGUCUCCGAUGAGCUGCCAUUUGUGCUGGUAUGCUUCAGCUUCACGGCGGUGGUGCUGGACGCGGCUGGGCAACACAUUCUUGACGAUGAGGUGCAAAAGGUGGCGAACGCUAGACUCCCCGUUUCCACAUUACAGGCGACUCUCGCUAAAACGACACGGCCUGUGCCACAUCCCUCUUCCUACCCUGGCAUGUAUGUUUGCUGUGAGUGCUACGUCGGAGCUCUGGCGCUGUUCGUAGACGCCUGGAGAGCGCGGCCCCAAGGCGAGGCCAGAGGCAACUUUGAUGUCGCGGCGUCCACAGUGCCCCUGAAGCGGCCCAGUAUUGCUGACUUCGGUGACAUUAAGGCGCGACUGCGGGGACAGCUUUUGAAGAAGGGUGCUGUAAAGGUCAUGCAAGAGGCAGCGCGUCAUGUCCGUGGGGCCGAGGGAAGGUACUAG